AUGCGUAGGUGUUAUUCAUUAAUGAUAAUUAAAAAUAUAAAUAUAAUGUAUAUUGUUACAUUUGAUAAAGAAGAUACUUUCAGUAUCAUUAUUUAUACUACUAACAAUUAUAUACUACUGACUCAUUACAUCAUUAUGUUCACCGAUAUAAAAUUAUUAUUAUUCUAUUUAAUAUUUCUAUUAUGUAAACCUAAUAUUAAAUGUUAUUAUACGAAUUUCAAAACAAUUGAUUGGUCUAAUCCAUUAACUUUAUCAGAAGCUAUACUAGCUGGACAAGCAGCUAUUGAAGAAUUGGAUUCAAAUUCACCAUUAUCAUCAUCAUCAUCAUCAUCAUCAUCAUUAUCAACAUUAUCAAGAAGAAAAUUUAUUCCAUCAAAUAUUGACUAUUAUCCAACAUGGUCUGAAUCAUAUUUAUAUUUAAAACCACAAAGAAAUAUUGAUGAAGAAUUAAGACAAUUAAAAGCGGAACCUCCAAGAGGAUUACCUAAUGUUAUGAGAUAUGGUUAAUUAGAAUAAAUAGAAGAUUAUGUAAACAAUGAAAUUUUUCGAAAAAAAAACAAAACGAGAAAAAUACAACUAUAAUAAUCAUAUAAUUAUUAGUAGUAUAACAAUAGAUCAACAUGUUUCUGUUGUGUAAACGUUUCAAUCAUAUUAUGAUCAUUAUUGUUGCAAGGUAAAGAAGAUAGAUGAAAUUUAAUAUUUACAAAGAUUAGUUACCAAAUACCUAUAUAAUGUGUUAUAUACAUAUAUAUAUAUAUUAUUGAAAAAAGGUGACUAACUAUCAUCACUACUACUAAUAAUAUAUAUUUACUACAAGAAUAAUUCUUAUUAACUAUUCGUAAAUAUUAAAAUGUUAGAUUAUUUUUAAAA